GUCAUAGUCAUAGAACUAUUUCAAUCAUACCCAUAAAAACCUUUCAUUCACAACGAACUAUUCCAAAAUAAAAACCCCAAACUUUUGCCAACCAAAAGAGUCUGUAAAUUUUCGCAAUUAAAAUGCUAACAGAAUGCAAUGAGGAGCUGCCCAAUCCUCACAAGGGCUGCCUGCGGGAGAUGCUCAACACUUUGAUCAUCAGCGACAAUGAUGUGAAGCGGCUCAAUACGCAACUGCGGAAUGUGCAGCUGGAGAUGAAGGCCGAAAUGGCCAAGAUAGAAAGGUCCAAGUGCGCUGGCGAUGAGAAGUCCACGAAGCCCAAGGUCUGCGAGAGUGAGGAGGAUCUGACACAGUUUGCCGAACGCAUCGUCAAUCUGGAUGAACUGAAGCUGCACUACACAAAGAAGAGCGAGGAGCUGCGCCGCCGCCGGGACAACAUAAUGAUGUAUGCGCGCCAGUGCCUGAAUGCCUACAACGAGGAGAAGUGCAAAUUCAAGUCGUUCCAGGAGAACACCGUGGACUACAUCAAGCGCACGGCUGCUCUCUCGCAGGACAAUGAGGUGGUCAAGAAGUGCGAAUAUGACAUUUGCCAGAUGAACAAACGAUUCGUCCGUGAGGUGGCCCAUCUGAAGCGCUGCGAGGGGGAGCUGCAGCCGUUCUUCAAGCUGCUGAAGGACUCUGAUCCCAGGGCCUAUUGCGAGUGCUGCUGCUUCAAGGAGUACGACUGGCUGCCGCAGGGCAAGAAUCUCGGGGUUGUGGACACCCUGGCCGACGAGAUCAAGGCGACAAUGGGCCAGCAGCUGGUGCGCGCCUUUGCCCAGCUGCAUCUGCACGAGCCGCAGGAUCCGCGUGCCUUCAUUGCCGCCUAUCUGAUGAAUCUCGAUCGCAGCGAGCAGGAGAUGUUGGAGAAGCAGACCCUCAUCCAGGAGGCCACAGAGAUCUGCACCAAGGAGCUGCCCGAUCCCACAUUCCAAUGCGAGAACACGUGUCCGCCGCAAGAGAAGCCCAUCGUAGAAAAUAUUUAGAUGCACUUUGAACAUUAUUCUGUUUUAAUUCACACGAAAAAACACCAUGAAAUACAAUUUGGAAAUUCUCUCUUA